AUGGAAUAUGGAAUGCUAGGAAAGUUGUUUUUGAAGGAAGAAACUUACAGGCGAUGGAAGUUAUUAUCUUCUGCUCACAAGAGCCACAUUCAGUUUCAGGCCAACAUUAUAUCAGUCGGAAAAAAUGAUAGGACAGAUAACAGUCAACCAAAGAAUGAGCAAAAUCAAGAGAUCGAGAAGAAUAUGAAGAGAAAGAUUAACAAAAAGGGCAUAAGGAUCAGUAAGAAUAAUAAUGGGGAUAAUCAGCUCAAGCAAAAGGAGCCUACUUGGAACAAUAAAAAUAAUAUGAUCAGGAAUAACCAGAUAAAUAGUACAGUUUCAACAGAGAAGAUUUCAGGAGAUAAAAAAGAUACUAACCUGGAAACUAGAAGAGUGACGACGAAGACACAUGAGGAGAACCUGGAGGAUGCAACUAAGAAAAAUCAAAAUAAUACUGAUAUUUGGAAAUUAAAGGAUAAUAUCCAACUCAACUUGUCGAAGGAUGACUGCAACGAGAUAUAG